CCGCGCGCGCACGCGCGCGCGGGCGCCGCGCCGCCCGGCGGGCGCCGGCGGCCUUUUGCUCUGUCGGGCAAUGCCCGCGGCACGGGGCCCACCAACGACGCGGGCGCCGGACGCGAGCGUCGCGCAGGAGCUCGGAGAGUUCACUGAUCGCCAGAUGGCGCAGCUGCGCGGCGUGAUCGAGGAGUCCCUCAGGGCCGUGCUCCUGCUGGAGCGCGGGGCGAGCCACGGGUGCCAGCACGAAGGAGGUCCUAGCUGCGGCCAUCAGCACUCCGACGGCGCGAACCUGGUCGGCGUGGUGGAGUUGGACGGCGGCCCCCUGGGGCACUGCGGGACGAGUCAGUCGUCGGCGGUCGGCGGUGCCCUGUCGCUCGAGAUUGGCGGGGCGGCCAGUCCGGGGUCGAAGAAGGCGACAAGAGGCAGGAGUGUGGAGGAGAACACCACGAGGAAGCUUGUGAAGGAGAUCAGGGGGUCACGGGAGUCGUUGUGCAGCGACGGGGCGUUGUCCCCGAUGCGGACUUUGAUCAUGGCCAGUCAUGAAGGGCUCAAGUCAUUGUGUCACAAGCUAGUCCACGAGAACCCAUAUUUUGAUUCUGUGAUGGGUGUUGUGAUAAUUGCGAACUCUGCGGUCAUUGGUAUCGAGACGCAGAUGCGAUUAGACAAUGAGAAUGAGGAG